AUGUCGCUGGUUCGGACAGCGUUGAUCGCUCUUUUUCUGGUCGCUUUUCUGCAAAACGCUGCGGCUCAGAAAAGACCGCAAAGUAUUGUUAAGCCUCGUGGUGCGGUUGCAACUGACGAUGGACGGUGUUCUGAGAUCGGUAUGAGUGCUCUUCAACAAGGAGGAAACGCUAUUGAUGCGUCGGUGGCCGCUGCUCUCUGUUUGGGUGUUGUGAGUCCAGCCUCUAGCGGUAUAGGAGGUGGAGCGUUUAUAGUGGUUAAGAUAGCUGGCGGGGAGGCUAUUGCUUAUGAUUCUAGAGAAACAGCUCCUCUACGUGCCACUGAGAAUAUGUAUGGGAGCAAUCCUGAUCUAAAGAAGAAAGGAAUCUUAUCAGCAGGCGUUCCAGGGGAACUAGCAGGAUUAUACACAGCUUGGAAACAACACGGAAAGCUCCCAUGGACGCAGUUAGUGACUCCUGCAGAGAAACUUGCAGAAGGAGGAUUCAGGAUUUCAAAGUAUCUCUACAUGCAGCUGAACGCGACAAGAGCAGAUGUCUUGGCAGACAAAGGUCUCUCUGAGCUAUAUGUUUCUAAUGGACAGUUCAAGAAACCAGGGACGAUUAUCCAUAACAGAAAAUUGGCUUUUACACUCAAGCAAAUAGCUGAGAAUGGUCAAAAAGCGUUUUACAAUGGCACGGUGGGUGUUAACCUAGCGAGCGAUAUUAGUAAAGCUGGAGGGAUAAUAACUUUGAAAGAUCUGCAAAGUUAUAGAGUUAAGGUUAGAAAACCGUUGUCCGCAAACAUUCUCGGAUACGAACUACUCGGUAUGCCUCCUCCCUCAUCAGGUGGCGCUGCAAUGAUGCUUGUUUUGAACAUUCUUUCUCAAUACGGGAUUCCAUCAGGUGUUUCGGGCUCUCUUGGUGUUCAUAGACUAAUCGAAGCUCUGAAACACGCUUUCGCGGUUAGGAUGAACCUUGCUGAUCCAGAUUUUGUAGAUGUUACUAAGGUUGUUUCAGAUAUGCUGUCUCCGGAAUUUGCAAAAGACUUGAAGACCAAGAUAAACGAUGACAAAACCUUUGAUCCAAAAUAUUAUGGCGGCAUGUGGAAUCAAAUCAACCAUCAUGGAACAUGCCAUUUCUCGAUCAUAGAUAGCGAGAGGAACGCUGUUUCGAUGACUAGUUCAGUAAACGGUUACUUUGGGGCAGUGAUGCUAUCUCCAAGCACUGGAAUCGUUCUAAACAACCAAAUGGAUGAUUUCACGAUCCCAGCAAAGUCCAGCGGUGACCUAAAUGUGCCUCCUCCAGCACCGGCUAGCUUCAUCAGACCCGGGAAACGACCAUUGUCCUCAAUGUCACCCACCAUUGUGCUCAAGGACGGCAAAGUGAAAGCUGUGGUGGGUGCUAGCGGUGGAGCGAACAUCAUCGCCGCGACAACAGAAGUUUUCUUGAAUCAUUUUUUCCUCAACAUGGAUCCUCUUUCUUCUGUUUUGGCUCCAAGAAUCUACCAUCAGCUGAUACCAAACAAAAUUUCGUUUGAGAAUUUGACGACAGUGUUCGGUGAUCAUUUCGAGAUACCUAAAGAGACAAGAGUUGUGUUGGAAAAGAAAGGUCAUGUUCUAACGCCAAUGACCGGAGCGACGAUUGUUCAGUUCAUAGUUCAAGAAUCCGAUGGAAAUGUCGGCGGAAUGAGUAAGCUUCUGGCAGUUAGUGAUCCAAGGAAAGGAGGGUUCCCCUCAGGAUAUUGAAUUAUUGAGAUUGUAUUUAGUUUUGCUGCCAUUUAACAUUUAUUGACGAAUAAAAUAAAUAAAAUUUUGUACUGUCUUUUUCUUUCUUUUUGCAAUAAUGUUGAUCCAGAUAUAUAUGUAUAUUUCUACAAUCUUAAUAUGGGGAAUAUAGGAAUUAGAGGUUCCAUUAAACAACCAACCUUAAUUCUCAUGUACGUUAACGUUAGUGUGGGUUUGUGACGUAGGAGCUACAUAUAAGUUAAGUUCAUUUCAUUCAUAGCUAGAUCAUAUCAAACUUUGUGGUCUACCAUGAAAAAAUAAUGACAAUACGAUUGGAUCUACCUUGAGAAUAAUUCUUUGUGACAUAACAUCUCGGGUGAUGUCUAUGAAAAAGGAUACAUGAAUUUUUGUUUGUAUACCCCCAAAGGAGUGCCAUGCACAGAGAGCAUCAUCUCUCCAGGUUUUGGUUGCCUCCGAGUCUUUGGUGCUGUCAUCCCAAAAUGAAGAAGUCUUUGCCCUCCAUUUACCUGCAAAGUUUACUAUUGUCAUUCUAAAACACUCCAAACUAAUGAGAUAUCAGUUUUUUAACAAGAGUAUAAAACAAGAAUACAAUCAUGAAUACAUAUACCAUAGAAAACGAGAGUUUGAAAGGCAGAACAGUACAAGAUCCAUUUUAAAGGGUAGCCACCAAGAGAUGAAUCACCAGUAUUGUGAUUCCACUUGAACUCAAUCUCCCCAUUAUCUUCGACUUCGAUAGAGACAUCAGGAAGGUUCUCUUUGAAGAAGUCCAACACAGGUGUCUCUAACUGUUCCUCAGAGAACGUUGAGCAGAGUAACCUCUGUGCAGUUAAGCUCUGUUCAAUCUCAAUAUCACGGAUUGCCUUAAUCGCAUCAAUACGUCUUUCAACUACACAAUAUCAUCAGAUCCAAAGUUCAUCUCAAAAAUCAUUAAUUCUACAAAUUUGAUUAACGAUUGGUAUCUUCUUCUUCAUGUUUCUUCUCUUCUCUCCGAAUCUCUUUGUCGCUCUCGUCCUUGUUUUCUUCUUCAGUGAGUCUGACAACUUCUUUUGCUUUUCGCUUCGGCAUUAUCGACACUUCUAAUUCGAGAUUGAGCUUCAAACCCCCAAAACUGGAAUUUGAAUAGACGACACAGACAUUAUUAAAUGAGCGGGGGAGAUUAGUAGGUUCAAAUGAAAUUAAACAAAUGCUUGGCAGACACUACCAAAUAACGGUUCUACCCUCGAUUAGAAUAAGGCUUAUGAGCCCAUUAAUAUUAGAGUCAUCGAAUAACAUUUCGUUAAAAGGCCAUUUUGUUCCCUAUAGGCCCGGACAUCCAUUUUUAUACUAAAAGAAGAUGUUGUGGUGUGAUUGAUUGUGACGAGAGAUAUUUCCUUUUUAAAGAAAACCUAUGAUUCCACUCUUUUUUUUUUCACACUCCACGAGGGACAAGCAUGAUGCAGACGAGCACUUGGUUUUAUGACCAAUUAACAAAUUCGCAUUUAAAAAGUUGGCACGGCCUUCUUUCUAAAAACCUCACGGGUUUGUUUACUUCAAAAUUAUAAGUAAUAUUUUUUUUAUUUUUUUUUUAGUGAAAAUGUGUAAAUUGUCAAAUGAUUAACUUGGAUUAAGAUCUUACCACAAACUGUUUCUUUUUUCUGCUAUUUAUUUGGUGAUUUUCAAAAAUAAGCCAUGUGGAGUGUUGGACCAGCUUUGUGUAUUUAUUACAUAGUUGAAAAAAAUAGAGUAUAUUCUCUAUAUAAUUAAAGACUUUACGUCAUUAAAAAAAACUUUAUCAACGUGAGAGGCAAAAAAAAAUAGAAACUUUUU